CAAGUACAGUUUCAGUCGCUGGCCCAUUUCUCGUCCUUAAUGCUGGAUUUUGUAAAGCCUGCGAUGGUAUCGAAGACUUGCAUCAUUCUGCUCGCCUGUCUCUGCACGACCUUCGUGAGUUUAGGCUCAGGCUCAGAGGCAGAACACAAACUAUUUUCUGUCAUAUUUGAGAAGUACAAUCAAUACAUCCGUCCAGUGGAGAAUGUGUCAGACCCCGUUGUUGUCCAUUUUGAAGUUUCCAUGUCUCAGCUUGUUAAAGUGGAUGAAGUGAACCAAAUAAUAGAGACAAAUCUGUGGCUCAGACAUAUCUGGAAUGACUAUAAGCUAAAGUGGAACCCGAGUGAAUUUGGAGGUGUUGAAAUUAUCAGAGUGCCUUCUGACAAAAUCUGGAGACCGGAUAUUGUCCUCUACAAUAAUGCUGUAGGAGAUUUUCUAGUAGAUGACAAGACCAAAGCUGUUGUUCGUUAUAAUGGUGAUGUGACCUGGAUGCCUCCUGCAAUCUUCAAGAGUUCCUGCAAAAUUGAUGUCACUUACUUUCCUUUUGAUUAUCAAAACUGUACAAUGAAGUUUGGCUCCUGGACAUACGACAAGGCAAAAAUAGAUCUUGUACUCAUUGGGUCCACAAUCAACCUCAAGGACUUCUGGGAGAGUGGCGAGUGGGUGAUCAUUGAUGCACCAGGCUACAAGCAUGACAUCAAAUAUAACUGUUGUGAAGAAAUCUAUCCAGAUAUUACUUACUCCUUGUACAUCCAACGGCUCCCUUUGUUUUACACAGUGAACAUGAUAAUACCGUGUCUUCUUAUUUCCUUCUUGACUAUUCUGGUUUUCUACUUGCCCUCAGAUUGUGGGGAGAAGGUGACCCUCUGUAUCUCUGUGCUUUUGUCCCUGACUGUCUUCCUUCUUGUGAUUACUGAGACCAUCCCAUCCACAUCUUUAGUCAUUCCUUUAAUUGGGGAGUAUCUUCUUUUCACCAUGAUUUUUGUUACCUUGUCAAUUGUUAUCACUGUAUUCGUGCUAAACGUUCACUACCGAACUCCCCAAACUCACACCAUGCCCCAGUGGGUUAGGACUGUGUUCCUCCAUUUCUUCCCCAAUGUGAUGUUCAUGACACGGCCAAAGAGAGAAGCAGAAAAGCCAUCAUCUCACCACCCCCACCAGUCAUUUCAGCCCAUGUCUCAUUAUUCACAUCAAACACAGCAGAAAAAAAUGUCAUCAUCUGGUCAUCAGAGACAACCAAUUUUCAUCGAUACAGAACUAUCUGAAUUUAAUGGUAUUGAUUGGAAGACUAAUGCUGAUGCUAGGAGUAGGUCCAUGGAAGGCAUCUUUAGCCAACAAGGGCAUUGCUGUUGGAACCAAAAUUGCACUGUGCACUCUGCUGAGUCUCAAGGAGACGACGUGCAGGAAGCCAUGGGUACUUCAGACUUUCUCUGCACUUUUCUCAGUGUCUCUGCUCUGUCCCAUGAAGUUGGUGAAGCCAUUGACAGUGUUCGGUACAUUGCCGAGAAUAUGAAACUGCGGAAUGAAGCAAAAGAGAUCCAGGAUGACUGGAAGUAUGUUGCAAUGGUGAUUGACCGGAUCUUCCUGUGGGUCUUCAUCUUAGUGUGCAUCUUAGGAACAGCAGGGCUCUUUCUUCAACCCUUGCUGGUGGUAGAUGAUCCUUAAUCUAAGAAAUGGCA